GAUAACUGUCUGUUGGGUUGGGGUCUUGGGGAGCAGACCACCACGGCAGGGGCAGACGGCCGGAUUCGUGAGCAACACCGAUGACCCGCCUUCCACUCCUCCGCCGCCGCUCCUCCUCUGCCUCGCGGAUAUCCGGCCUCCGCAUCCUCCGCCGCCGCUCCUCCUCAUCUACCACGGCAACGUCCGGCCUCCGCAUCCUCCCUCUACUCGACCACGCAAAUGUCCUGCCUCCGCCUCUGCCGUUUCUCCUCCUCCUCCACGACGCCAAUGUCCCGCCUUCAGCUCCUCCCCCGGCGCUCUUCCGCCACCACUUCGCCGCCCUUACGCUGCUGGGAUCCCCAGGUUGCUUUUGUCGCGGCCAUAGCGCGCGUCCGCGCCGGGACGUUCUGCACGGACGAUGCACACCACCUGUUCGACGAAUUGCUCCGGCAGGGCACCCCGGUCCACAAUCGCUCCCUCAACGACUUCCUCGCUGCCCUUGCCCGUGCGCCGGACUCAGUCUCCUGCAGCAACGGCCCCGCCCUGGUCCUCGCCCUCUUCAACCGUAUAUGCCGAGAAGAAGCCGGCCCACGGGUCGCGCCUCUCACAGUCCGCACCUACGGCAUCCUCAUGGACUGCUGCUGCCGCGCGCGUCGCCCGGACCUAGGGCCUGCCUUCGUCGCUCGCCUCCUCAGGGCAGGCCUGAAAACAGGGACGAUACAGGCCACCACGUUCCUCAAGUGCCUCUGCCACGCAAAACGGACAGAUGAGGCGGUCGACGUGCUGCUUCAUAGGAUGUCCGAGCUCAGCUGUGUGCCUGACGCCAUCUCGUACAACACAGUUAUUAAGAGCUUAUGUGGUGAUAGCAGGAGCCAGGAGGCGCUCGACAUGGUCCAGAGAAUGGCAAAAGAAGGAGGUCGCUGCUCCCCUGACGUGGUGUCAUUUAACACGGUCAUCCACGGCUUCUUUAAACAAGGUGAAGUAAGCAAGGCAUGCAAUCUGUUCAAUGAAAUGGUGCAGAAAGGGGUGGUGCCUGAUGUGGGGACAUACAACUCGAUCGUAGAUGCGCUGUGCAAGGCCAGAGCAAUGGACAAGGCUGAGUUUGUCCUUCGGCAGAUGGUUGAUAAAGGUGUUGAACCGGAUGGUGUGACAUAUAAUGCCAUCAUCCAUGGAUAUUCCUGUUCGGGCCACUGGAAAGAGUCAGCUAAAAUGUUCAGAAAAAUGACAAGCAAGGGACUCAUACCAGAUACUGUAACUUUCAGCUCGUUCAUGUCCUCCCUUUGUAAGCAUGGAAGAAGCAAAGAUGCUGAAGAAAUUUUUCAAUACAUGACCACCAAGGGCCACAUGCCAGAUAUCGUCUCAUACUCUAUUCUGCUUCACGGGUAUGCCACCGAAGGAAGAUUUGCUGAUAUGAAUAAUCUUUUCCAUUCAAUGGCAGACAAGGGUAUUGUAUCCAACUGUCAUUGUAUCAACAUAUUAAUUAGUGCACAUGCUAAACGUGGAAUGAUGGAUGAAGCUAUGCUCGUAUUUACUGAAAUGCAGGGACAAGGAGUGAGGCCAAAUGUAGUCACCUAUUCAACUUUAAUCUCUGCAUUUUGUAGAAUGGGUAGGCUGGCUGAUGCUAUGGAAAAAUUCAGUCAGAUGAUUUCUAUUGGAAUAGAACCAAACACAGCUGUUUAUCACUCCCUAAUUCAUGGUUUUUGUAUGCAUGGAGAUUUGGUGAAAGCGAAGGAAUUCAUUUCUGAAAUGAUGAGCAAAGGUCUUCAUCGUCCUAACAUCGUUUUCUUCAGUUCAAUAAUACACAGUCUAUGCAUUGAAGGAAGGGUUAUGGAUGCACAGGAUGUCUUCAACUUGGUUAUUCACAUAGGUGACAGGCCUACUAUUGUUACUUUCAAUUCACUGAUUGACGGAUAUUGCUUAGUGGGCAAGAUGGAAAAAGCAUUCGGAGUACUAGAUGCCAUGGUAUCAGUUGGCAUUGAGCCUGAUGUUGUUACAAAUAAUACACUUGUUAGUGGCUAUUGUAAAAGUGGAAAGAUCGAUGAUGGGUUGAUUCUAUUCAGAGAAAUGUUGCAUAAGAAAGUCAAACCUACAACCGUGACAUAUAACAUCGUACUGGAUGGGUUAUUACGUGCUGGGAGAACUUCUGCUGCGAAGAAAAUGUUCCAUGAGAUGAUCGAUAGUGGAACAGCCGUGGACAUUGACACAUACAAGAUACUUCUUAAAGGACUCUGUAGAAAUGAUUUGACCGAUGAAGCAAUCACCCUGUUUCACAAACUGGGUGCAAUGGAUUGCAAAUUCGAUAUUACAAUACUAAAUACAAUGAUUAACGCAUUGUACAAGGUUAGAAGAAGAGAAGAAGCUAACGACUUGUUUGCUGCAAUAUCAACCAGUGGGUUGGUACCAAAUGUGUCUACUUACGGAGUAAUGAUACGUAAUCUUCUAAAAGAAGGAUCAGUGGAAGAAGCGGACACCAUGUUUUCAUCAAUGGAGAAGAGUGGUUGCGCUCCCAGCUCUCGUCUUCUAAAUGAUAUCAUCAGAAUGUUAUUGCAAAAAGGUGAUAUAGUCAAAGCCGGAUAUUACAUGUCUAAAGUCGAUGGCACUAUCAUCUCACUUGAAGCGUCUACUACUUCGUUGUUGAUGUCUCUCUUUUCAAGUAAAGGAAAACAUCGGGAACAAAUAAAAUUUCUCCCUGCAAAAUAUCAAUUUUUUUAUGGGGCCAGUUGAUGCACUAGAGUCAGCGGUUAAGCCUAGGUGUGGUUUGGAGCUCCCUCUCAUGGAUAUGGGUUUGAUACCAUCAGGAGCUGUACUGAGUAUCACUAAAUUGGGAGGUACAGAGAUUAGCAGGUGGUAAAAGAAACAAGGCAUAUAAGCUGCUGAUGGAGAAGAAUUCAUUUUUUUUAAACACUGCAGGCAUGUUUUGAUGAUCUGGCAAAGCUCUUUAUUUAUAUGUCCAAACUCAUUCCGAGGUACUCCUGUUAUUAUAGUCUUUAUUGAAUAUUCUGUUGGAUGCCCUUUCAUAAUA